GAUCGAACGCGAGUCCUCCGCCCCCUCGAGCAACCCAUUUUCCCUCUUUCUCCUUCUCGCUGGGUCUCCAGAGCCUCCGCUGCUUCGCUGCAGUGCUCCGCUCGAGCUUCGAGCAACCAUCCGCCAUCUCCGCGGCUUCGGUGCUCCGCUUGACAGCUCGAGCAAGCACCCAAGCUGCCCAAGCAUCAUCUCUCUCUCUUUCUCGCUCGGUUCAAGUGUUCAACACUUCAACCCAUCGCGUCGCGCGCUGGGCGAGGGUUUUUAUAUAAUGCCUUCCUUAGCUACACAAGGCCUAACUCUACCAAUAUUUCUAAUCCCCGCAAGGAGAUACCAAGGUGAAAGGCUGAAAGGUAGAGCAACAUCCAGUUUACAAGCUCAACAAACUUUACCUACUUCUGUUUCAUUUGCUCGCAAAGUGCCAUCUAAAGCAAGUAUAUGUGCUGGUAAUAUGAAUUUUAGAUGCUACGCAACCCAAACCCAAACAUUGGAGCGGAAAUCACCGACGAUCACCAAAUCUCAAUAUGCUCCUGUCAAAGGGAAGGCAAAUGGACUGAAACUUGAGUUUGGGGGUGGAGGACCUCCUCCGAAUGACGGUAGUGGCGGAGGCGGGGGCGGCGGCGGAGGCGGUUGGGGCUCUUCGGGUGGAUUUCUCCUUUUUCUAUUCCUCAUGUUUCUAGAUUAUCUGAAGGAACUCGAUGAAAAGAGUCAACGGCGGCGUCAUCAAGAUGAUUACAGUCAAUUGUUACUGUAAAGAGAAUUUACAAUCUGUCCAUCUUUUUAAUGUUUCGUAGGAUGCGGCCCAUGUUUUAUAGGAACUAAUUCUUUUAGGUUAUUUGAAUGAAAAGAGCACUCGAGUAUAUUAUCUUGUUCCUGUGUGGCUGUGUUUAGUACGCGAAAGUAGACUUUGCAAACUUGUUCCUUAUAACUGUAUCCAGCUUCUUGUGUUUCAAGGCGCUUUCGCUUCUCA